AUGUGUGACUUCACUAAAGACCAGACCGCAGAGUUCAAGGAGACCUUCCAGCUGUUUGACCGAACAGGUGAUGGCAAGAUCCUGUACAGCCAGUGUGGGGAGGUGCCCCUGGGCCAGAGCACCCUGGGCCAGAACCCUACCAACGCCGAGGUGCUCAAGGUCCUGGGGAACCCCAAGAGUGAUGAGAUGAAUGUGAAGGUGCUGGACUUUGAGCACUUUCUGCCCAUGCUGCAGACAGUGGCCAAGAACAAGGACCAGGGCACCUAUGAGGAUUAUGUUGAAGGACUUUGGGUGUCUGACAAGGAAGGAAAUGGCACCGUCAUGGGUGCUGAAAUCCGGCAUGUUCUUGUCACACUGGGUGAGAAGAUGACAGAGGAAGAAGUAGAGAUGCUGGUGGCAGGGCAUGAGGACAGCAAUGGUUGUAUCAACUAUGAAGAGCUUGUCCACAUGGUGCUGAAUGGCAGAGGACCUUCCCAGUCUCCCCAGAGUCUGUGCCUUUCCCUGUGUGAAUUUUGUAUCUACCCUGAAGUUUCCCUAGGCUCUCUUGUCUCAGCACCUUUCCCAUCUUGUCUCCCUUGGGUGAUGUUUGCCGAAAGAGAGGAGAGCAGAUUGCAUGAUCAAAACAGGGCCCUAGGGGAGAAUGGAGAAAGGGCUUACGUGCUUUCCCUGGUCCUGGCUCCUAGCAGUGAACUUGGGAUAGAAGCUAUUGGUAGCAUGUUGUCUCCAGUCAUGGUUGACACUGGAGCCCUGGACAGGGCUCUGCCUGUGGAUGAGCAAGUGACUUUCCCUGUGGGGAUGAAGGAAGGAUUGCAACUAGCGUCUCAGGAAGCCAAAUCUGAGCUACUCCUGGAAGUAUCAUCUUGGUCAACACUGGCUAUAAAACCAAAAGUGGCCGCCAGAUUGUGCAAGGAGGCAAAACUAGUCUUCCAGGUCUGGUGA